AUGGCCGCGCCCAGUCUCGAUGAUUUUGAGAGCCUGAGGGUGCUCGGAAAGGGGAGCUAUGGCAAGGUGUACUUGGUUCGGCGCAAGAACUCGCCCAGCAUGGAAGUCUUUGCAAUGAAAAUGCUUCGCAAAGAACAUGUCAUGAAUCGCAAUCAGGUCGAGCACACCAAGACGGAGAGGAACGUUCUCGAGCAUGUCAAUCAUCCCUUCAUCGUCUCUCUUCACUACGCGUUCCAGACGCCCAAGAAGCUCUACUUGGUUCUCGAUUACUGUCCUGGUGGAGAGCUCUUCUUCCACCUGAGCCGCGCAGGACGUUUUUCAGAAGGACGAACAAGGUUUUACAUCAGCGAGAUUCUGUUGGCCCUGGAAUACUUGCACAGCCUGAACAUCAUCUUCCGUGAUUUGAAGCCAGAGAAUGUGCUUCUGGAUGCCGAGGGCCAUGCCAAGCUCACGGACUUUGGAUUAAGCAAAGAGGGUAUCACCGACAACUUCUCUGCUCGGACGAUGUGUGGCACCCCGGAGUACUUGGCUCCAGAGUUGUUGGACAAGCGCGGCCACGGCAGGGCAGUCGACUGGUACUCCUUGGGUGCUCUGGCAUAUGAGAUGCAGACGGGUCUCCCCCCAUUCUACACCCAGGACCGCAACCUCCUUUUCGAACGCAUCCGCCGUGCCAACCUGUCCUACCCCUCCCACAUCUCGCCUGUCGCCAAGUCCCUGCUUGAGGGUCUCCUCACACGUCAGCCUGAGUCGCGGCUGGGCGGAGGCCCCCAUGACGGCGCGGAAGUCCGUGCGCACGGCUUCUUCGCCUCGGUGGACUGGAAUGCACUGUACCAGUGCCAGGUGACGCCACCUUUCAAGCCCAAAGUCUCGGGGGCGGGUGAUGUGUCGAACUUUGAGAAGGAGUUUGUUGACAUGCCUGUGGCGAUCUCAGAAGCUGGUCCCGGAGCUCAGGAAGUCCAUUUCGAUGGUUUCACUUAUCGCGGCAAUUGA